AUGUUUAACAACAAUACCUCAUCAUCAAUAUCUCAAAACAACAACAGUGAUGAACCAAGUGAAAAUAACAUGCAAAUCUUGCUUCAAUUAUAUGCUUUACAGCAACAACAGGAACAAAUGUUGGCUCAUCGACAAUAUCAACAAGAACAGCAGGAACAACAAUGGAUGCUGAGGCAGAAUAGCACAAACGAACAUGUAGAAGGCCUUAUUUGUGUUGAAAAUACCAAAGCGUCAGUUCAGCAACAACAUGCUGUUGAUGAAUCUUCUACAUCCAAGACAAAACCCAUGAUGAGAAUAGUUCUUUCAGAAAAGAAUGGAAUUUCGAAAUGUGAAAUUAUUGAAACAUCCCAAGAAAUCAUGCAUGAUGUACAUAAACAUCAUGUUUCGCAACAUGCAUCAACAUCUACCAAUUUUUCACAUGAACAAAAAAUUAUUAAGCCUGCCAAAAUCAAAUCGAGAAAUAAUCAAAACAUCAUGUCCAGAGUUCGAUCAGUAUCAUCUACAUCAUCUUCAUCAAGUUCUAGUACAUCAAGUUCAAAAAUCAUAGUAGAUCAGACCCAAAAGUUAAAUGAAAACGAAAAUGGAAUUAAACUCUCUGUUGUAACAAUGGAUUCUUACAGGGAGGAAAUGAAAAAGAACUUGAAUAGACCUAAACGUGGAAGAGGAAGACCCAGGAAGAAUUAA